CGCAGGUCCUGGAGGCAGGGUCCUGGCCCCGGGGAAUACUGGGUUCGCUGAGCGGCGGGCAGUUGUGGUCAACACCCCACAGGCCUGUCAACCCUGAAACCUUCUCAGACCCCAGGACGGACGUAGACUCCCCUUAUGCAGCCGAGGCGCAGCAGCAGGGCCCUGGGUUGGCGUUUGGAGGAGCGCAGACCUCCUUCCUUUUAACCCGAUGCAGCUGAGGCUUGAGAGGGGCGGUCAGGAGCUCCGGAUGUUGAAGGCGCCUGUCCCUGUGUCACCGGCUCGUUCCUGGGGCCGCUCCUUUAGGCGUGUUUCUCAGGAUACGGAACGGCUGUAUUCGGAGGUGUUCCAGGAGAUCUGCGGCCGCUACGCCAAGGCCUACAGCUGGGAUGUCAAGUCGCGGGUCAUGGGGAAGACGGCCCUGGAGGCGGCUCAGGUCAUCAUCGACGUCCUGCAGCUCCCGCUGUCCAAGGAGGAGCUGGUGGAGGAGAGCCAGGCCAGGCUGCAGGAGCUCUUCCCCACCGCCGCGCUCAUGCCAGGGGCUGAGGAGCUGAUCCGCCACCUGCAGAAGCAUGGCAUCCCCUUCGCCCUGGCCACCAGCUCGGGGACCGCGUCCUUCGAAAUGAAGACAAGGAGGCACAAGGGCUUCUUCGCGCGGUUUGACCACGUGGUGCUGGGGGACGACCCUGAGGUGCGGAGCGGCAAGCCCAGCCCCGACAUCUUCCUCGCCUGUGCCCGCAGGUUCUCUCCGGCGCCGCCCGUGCAGCAGUGCCUGGUCUUAGAAGACGCGCCCAACGGGGUGGAGGCGGCCCUGGCGGCCGGGAUGCAGGUGGUCAUGGUUCCCGACGCCAACCUCAGCCGCGACCUGACGACCAAGGCCACCCUGGUGCUGAACUCUCUGCAGGACCUGCGGCCCGAGCUGUUCGGCCUCCCGCCCUUCGAGUGAGGGGCAGCCUCCGUCUCCCCCGCAGGCGCAAUGCCACGCGGCCCCGCCCCCACGUUGGCGGCUGGAAACCGUCAGCUCCCUGUGCACGUGCUUUCCCGUGGGCGUGUGUGCUUUCUCAUGUGUUUGUGCUUUCCCGUGUGUGUGCACGUGUGUGCUUUCUCAUGUGUUUGUGCUUUCUCAUGUGUGCGUGCGUGUGCUUUCACGUGUGCGUGUGUGCACGUGCGUGUGCAUCCCCCUCUGCUUCUGCUCCCUCUUGGGGUCCAGGUGAACAGGCCCUGAUGCCCGAGCGGGAAGGCCUUGCAUCACGAGCCUUAGGGACGAGUCCCUCUGGCGUUCCUCCUGGACGUCUCCGGGCUGACUCCCCGGAGCCCGGCCUCCGCAUCCUCCCCGUCCUCCCGUUUCCCGCCCGUGUGUCUGCAUCCUUGUCCACCUUGGUUGUUUUCUACCUCAGGAAGUCAUUUCUCCCCUUAAUAAACACACGACGUGUCCUUCCACGUCUCUGGUGGA